CUUCGUGGCGCGUGGAGCUAUAGCGCGCUCCGUGCAGUGAAAUCAAGAGCGCGAGAGCUAAACGUUAAAAAACCACCAAAAUGUGAGAAAAAUUAUAAUUUUAGUGAAUGUAUUUUAAACAAUAAGAAAAGAUCCUGGUUCAAUAUCUGCUGAUUGGUUCAAUAUGUCCAGAGAUACGAUACAAGGAACCAAGGAGCUAUAACAGUUAUAGUCAACAUUUAAAAUGAAAUUCAGCUGUUUUCCAUAAUGGAAAAGAAAGUGUGAAUAAGUUGCCAGAAUUUCAAGAAUUCAAACAAUCUUAAGGACAAAUUAUCAAGUAUGCCGGGACCACCAACUAAUAGAACACCUUUCUGGUAUAGACACUCAUAUCAUCAACCAGAUAGUCUACAGUAUUAUGCUCCGGCUCAAUUCCUUCAAGCUGUCCCUACUCCGGGGGGUACCGGAGCAGGGUUCAGCCAACCUGGUUCUUCUCAGGGCUCCCAACUCUUCGCAGACAACUCUACUCCCACUAAUAAGAAUUUUAUGAGAGAUUCAAGAUUCAACAGGCAAAGGGUUCGACCUAGUUCUAUCUCCGAUAUGCAGUACUCCCUGGACUCUUCUCCAGCAUCAAGUGUUCCUUCGAAAUCUUCCUACUCCGGCAGCGGGACAGAUACAGGAUCAAGUUCAGUUCUCAGAUCUGAGAGUAACACUAGUUCUGAGAUCUCUCCUCUUGAUCAGUCCUGCUCCUCUCUACCAAGUCACUCCGGAGAAUCCACCAAUCUAUCAGCUGAUCAGGAUACGCACGAUGCUCAGAUUCCAGUCUGGAAGAGAAACGGAAAGUUCGUCUCUUUUUUCCGGAGCUUCAUCAGUCCUAGGACGAAGGAGAAGGAGAAGGUUGGGAUGAACCGUGUGUUUGGAUUGGAACUGACCAAGCUUCUAGCAGAUACUGGAGACGAAGUUCCCCAAGUACUGAGGAUAUGUUCCCAGCUUCUGGAAGAGAAGGGCAUUAUUGACGGAAUAUACAGGGCUCCGGGGAUAUCACAUAAUAUACAGAGAAUCAAAAACCUGUUCGAUGAGCAGAGAGUUCCAAACUUAGCUGGAGAACCUGCAGUUCUUCAUGAUAUUCACUGUGUUUCCUCCGUACUCAAACUUUACUUCAGAGAUCUUCCUACUCCGCUAGUAACCUAUGACCUGUACCCCCAUCUUGUCCUGGCCUCUAAACAAUCAGAAUUAAAGAGAUCGGAGAAAUUUCGGGAUAUUUUGCAACGUCUUCCAGCUGCUCACUACAGGACAAUGGACUGGUUGAUGAGACAUCUGAACCGAAUGUCCCAGCAGGCGGACAGAACUGGGAUGACGAGCAAAAACUUGGCGAUCGUUUGGUCACCGAAUAUCCUAAGGUGCGAUGUUUCGGAGUUAGAUACACAGGAUGCAUUACAGGAUGUCGGGUUGCAAGCUGUUAUCACGGAGUUCCUAAUCCGUUGUGCUGGAACCGUCUUCGCUCCUCCCUCCCCCUCCCAUCACACUGUUCCUUCACACUGUACACACUGUUGUUGCCACUGCACCAGUACAAAACCAACAAACAACAACAACAACAACAACAACACCGUGACUUUUUCUACCAACGUGACAACAGUGGGCCAAGGGAACUUGAAACCGGUUUUGAAAAACUCGGAAUCUAAGAAUAAAACAGAAAUAUUUAUCUCUGGUAAUCAGACUAGUCAGAUCAGAGAGGGUGUGCACAAUCAUCCGAACUCAAACGGUUUCCAAAAUGGAUCCACCAAGGUUCACCAAAAUGGACCUUCAAGAAACAAUUGUCGUUUCGACUCCGUGAGUCCGGUUCGGCUUGAAACGGGACAUUUCAUCCGGACACAGUCUGGACAUCAGGGUCGGACGAGUGUAGGGCAUCAUCAUGUGAGGGCGGAGAGCGCCCAUCAGUCCCGAGCUGAGACGAGGAUAAAUAUUGUUUCUCGACCUCGUCCUCGGUCUGUAGCUGUACCCAACCCGUCCUCAUCAGGAUUGUACUCAUUGGAGGAGGUUAAACUCGUCUCUUUACCUGCUAAGCAAACUGCUGAGCUGAUUGAUGUAAAAGGAGAACCUAUUCGACCGUCUGUAACCUUCCAUACCGUCCUAGAUCGGCCGGUCGACCGCCGAUCUGACUUUAAACCCCGCCGAAGCGGGAAUUGGAAGAAUAUUUUCAAUAUACAGAAUCUGAAUAAACCGAACCCGAUUCUUUCUAGUCAGCCGGAGAUACGGGGCAGUCAUCGGGAGAUAAAUAUUGACGAGGCUAUCCUGCCGGAGAAUAAACCUCUCAACCAUCGUCCUAGACCUAGAUCCGAGAUGAACCUAUCCUACUCCGUUCAGGAUUCUACGUUGAUGCUGACUCCCCUGAAGAACAACGAGUUCCAAGUGAGUACAACAAACCAGUUUAGUUUCCUACCCUACCAUCAGAACCUUAUUAACUUCAACAACAACAACAACAACAACAAUAACAAUAACAAGCAACAACCGUUCACACGUUCUAACAAGUUAAGACAAAACUUUGGUAAAAAAGCCGGUUCUAGACCUAAAUCAGUAGAUUUCGAGGUUCUUAAAUCCGUAGAAAAUAUAUGUCGAGCACAGCCCACUGCUUAUGGACCACCUGGAGUGGAUUCUGGAACAGGUUCGGACAAUAUACCGCAGCUCCGGGCAUCUCAGAGACUGAAGGAUAGACUGGUGGGAGAGUGGCAGAAUGUCCGGGCAUCCAGGGUGUAGGAAAGAUCCAGUUUAAGAGUUUAAUCCAGAACUCUGGGGUUUUCCAGUCCCGGAUAAGUGAGACUGCUACCGAAACUCCUAAUUACCAUAUAAAACCAUAUUUUUGGGAUUUUUUUAUCCAUAGACAUGGUACCAUCUAAUUCCUCAUCUGGGUAGGAUUUAUCUGUUUCUGAUUAUUAUUAUCUGUCCGGAAUUAAUUUACUCAAUCUAAGCCCAGGAAAGAACUAUAAAUAAAGAUUUUACGGAAAGACAAAUUACCAAGUAAACGAGUGCCAUGCCUAUAGAUUUCUCUAAAAUCCUUCCAGUGUAUUAUACAACCUACCCGGAGUAAUCAGACCAAAAACCAAUCCAUUAUAAAACCUAAAAGGACGGAGAGUUAAAUUAGGACUCAGAGACUUCAAUGUUCAGUCCAAGAACUAUAAUUUAUAGAUUCCGUUUAAAGAAAAAUAUAAAUCUGAAUAAAGCUGAACCCGGAUUUCCCUGCCUGGUCUAUGUUCAGACCUAUUCAGUUUCAAAUUGAAAAUUGCAUGGCUUGUGUUGUGUUUGAAGAAAAAUUGCAAAUAUGCACUUGUUGCAAAAAGAUUAUGCAAAUGGAAGUCAGGAAAAUUGCCUAGCUGCACAAAAACUGCAUUAUUGUGGUUCCUUCAAAUAUUCAUAAUGCACAUUGUACACAAAGAAACCGUACAUAAUCUGCAAUGUGCAUGUACGCAUGUACAACAAUUAAGUAGUUGUAAUAAAUAUAUAAAAGUGGCAAAAUUUCCAGGGCAAUUCUAUAGUUGAGACUGUGAUAAGAAACUAGUAUUUAGUUUCAAUUGUAUCCUUGUAUUAUAUUGUAUUCGUAGAUAUAGUAGAUAAUGUAUUAUUCUUAAACAAUUACAUUUUAUUAAACUGAAGUCAAUAAAAUAACAUAUUUUA